AUAAUAAAAAGAAAUAUGCAAAUCCAGAAUAUAAAGUAGUGGAGUGUGUUUUUGCGAUCGGUGAUUCUGGAAAAGUGAAAUUGAUUUGUGUCAAUUAAGAGGGUGAGGGAUAGGAACAUUUACACUUUCCUGGUUUCCAAUUUGCAAUUAUCAAGGCUUGUUUUCAGCUAUCCUCCAUUCCAGGUAUGCUUGUGUAGUCCUGCUGAUUUUGGUAGCACAGUUGCAAUUGGUAUUGACUUGAAUACCAUUUAAAAUACAUUGUAAGCAGCUUUUAGAGACAUCCAGUGCAGAAUAUAUUGAUUAGUUGCAAUGGGUGCAUCCAAAGGGCAAAAACUUUCUGGGAUGCAAAGGCAAGUACUUAGUUUAUACAGAGGAUUUUUGCGAGCAGCUCGUUCGAAGCCUACAGAAGACCGACGCCAGAUUGAAUCAAUUGUCUCGGCUGAGUUCCGUCAGAAUUCCAAGCAAGUAGAUCGCAAAAAUUUCCUCUAUAUAGAAUAUUUGCUUCGACGUGGUAAGAAGCAACUUGAUCAGUUAAAGAGUCCUGAUACAAUAGGGUUAUCAUCUUGCAAUGUCAGUUCAUCUAAGAAAAAUGCUGAAACUUGAACAACAAUAUGCCUUUGUGAUCAUAUUUUUUUCUGGAAGAAGAAGAAAAAAAGAUCCUUUUUAUGAUCGUCAGUGAAAAAGAAACUAUAUUACAAUGAUAUUGAUGUUUUUAACAUGUUGAAUCUCUUACUACUUUGUUUUACUUUAUACUGGCUAGGAAAAAUGCUGUAAUUUGAGAUUAAGAGAAGUGUUCGCUUGAAAUUCAAGUGUUUUCUUGUGAUUUAUCUGAUUCAACUCUUUUUUC